AUGGUCUGGUGUUCGCUGUGGUCUGCUGUUCGCUGUGGUCUGGUGUUCGCUGGUGGUCCGAUGUUCGCUGGUGGUCUGAUGUUCGCUGGUGGUCUGGUGUUCGCUGGUGGUCUGGUGAUUGCUGUGGUCUUGUGUUCGCUGUGGUCUGGUGUUCGCUGGUGGUCUGGUGAUUGCUGUGGUCUGGUGUUCGCUGUGGUCUGGUGUUCGCUUGUGGUCUGGUGUUCGCUGGUGGUCUGGUGUUCGCUGUGGUCUGGUGUUCGCUGGUGGUCUGGUGUUCGCUGUGGUCUGGUGUUCGCUGGUGGUCUGGUGAUUGCUGUGGUCUUGUGUUUGCUGUGGUCUGGUGUUCGCUGGUGGUCUGGUGAUUGCUGUGGUCUGGUGUUCCCUGGUGGUCUGGUGUUCCCUGUGGUCUGGUGUUCGCUGUGGUCUGAUGUUCGCUGUGGUCUGAUGUUCAAUGCGACAUAG